GGUAAGACCUCUCAGGCUUCCCUUAUCCGUAAGGAGCCAACCAGUGGAAACUCGGGAAAAACCUUCUUAGCUUCUCCCAUUGGCUCUUCUGCCUCGUUUUUCUAGCCCCCUCCGUUUCCCUCUUCAAUGCAGCGCGUCAGUGAGGUAAAACAAAACUAGCCCCGCCCACUCUAGUUAACGCCACGUACCUUCACCAGUGCAACGCAGCUUCAUCCUUUUUUGCCUGUUUGCUCAACUGAACUUGGCUGCUUUAGAGUCGACCAAUCGUAGUCCAACGCGAUGCCCAGGAGGAGGGCAGGCCCCGCCAAUCCGUGCACGCCAAGAGGUGGUACCUAUUACUAUGGGAACGGGAACUAGGUUUUGCUAAAGACCUGCUUAAGGGGGUGUAUCAGCAAAGAAAGAGAGAAAGAAAGGGAAAACGGAGAGAAAGGACGGACUGAAGGAAGAAAAACAUUCACUAAACACCAGCAACCUGGUAACUGGGCUGCUGUUCUCCUAGCAUACACGUGCACAAAAGGAGGAAGGUUCAUCAGCUGAAGGCAAAAGCGCUCAGGAUUACUCUCGUCUCGACCCAUCUCCAUCGCAAUGAAUCACCGGAAGAUAAAGAAAACCUGGGAAGAUCAAAAUCAUGUUUUAUGGAAAAAUAUGAAAGAGCAUUUCUUUUAAAUGGAAGAAAUAUAGACAGUGAAGUCUCAAAACAGAGACAGACAGACAGAGCACUUGGGAAAACAGAGAUAAGAUGGCGAACUGUUUUAUUACAACAGUGUGUUUUGCUGUUGACCUAUCUUGUAAUCACAUUGGAAGCAGUUCCUAUAGAUGUAGACAAGACAAAAGUACAAGAGGAAGAACACGUAGAAAGUGCAAAAGUAGAUAAUCCGGAUACUGGGCUUUAUUAUGAUGCAUACCUCAGGCAAGUGAUAGAUGUUCUGGAGACAGAUCAACAUUUCAGAGAGAAACUCCAGACAGCGGAUAUAGAUGAAAUAAAGAGUGGAAAGUUGAGCAAAGAGCUAGACUUAGUGAGCCAUCAUGUGAGAACAAAGCUGGAUGAACUGAAAAGACAAGAAGUUGCACGAUUAAGAAUGUUAAUUAAAGCCAAAAUUGAUUCAUUUCAAGAUUCUGGCAUUGACCAUCAGGCUCUUCUCAAACAGUUUGAGCAUCUGAACCACCAGAACCCUCAUACCUUUGAAGCUAAAGAUUUAGACAUGCUAAUCAAAGCUGCUACAAAUGACUUAGAAAACUAUGAUAAGACCCAUCAUGAGGAGUUUAAGAAAUAUGAGAUGAUGAAAGAACAUGAAAGAAGAGAAUAUUUAAAAUCGUUGGAUGAAGAAAAGAGACGCCAAGAAGAAUCCAAGUAUGAGGAAAUGAAGAAAAAGCAUGGCAACCACCCCAAAGUUAACCAUCCUGGAAGCAAGGACCAACUGAAAGAGGUGUGGGAAGAGGCAGACGGACUAGAUCCUAAUGACUUUGAUCCAAAGACCUUUUUCAAGUUGCAUGAUGUCAAUAAUGAUGGUUUUUUGGAUGAGCAAGAGUUAGAAGCCCUGUUUACUAAAGAGCUAGAAAAAGUCUACGAUCCUAAUAAUGAAGAGGAUGACAUGGUAGAAAUGGAAGAGGAGAGACUACGAAUGAGAGAACAUGUCAUGAACGAGGUUGACAUCAACAAAGACCGGUUAGUAACUUUGGAUGAGUUCAUGAAGGCAACAGAGAAAAGAGAAUUUUUGGAACCAGACAGCUGGGAGACUCUCGACCAACAGCAGAUCUUCACUGAAGAGGAACUGAAGGAAUAUGAAAGUCACAUUUCUCAGCAAGAAGAUGAACUGAGAAAGAAAGGAGAAGAACUUCAGAAACAGAAGGAAGAGCUAGACAGGCAAAAUGACCAUCUUCAAGCUCAGAGACAAGAACUCCAGCAGGCUGUACAACAUUUGGAACAGAAGAAGUUACAGCAAGGACUUCCUCCCUCAGGACCAGGUGGUGAACUGAAAUUCCAGCCACCUGGGUCACAAGCAGUUGGAAAUGCUCAAAACCAUCCUGCAGGAGACACUCAGUCUUUACCACCAGGAAACAUACCAAUAAAAGAAGCAGCUGUUCAAUCGGAUCAUGUCCAGACUCACCCUUAACCAGUUGUGCCUCAGCUUUAUACCAUCUUUUGUGUGGAGGAAUCGGGGGAAAGGAAUGGGCAGAUACUAAAACAAAUUGAGAAAUCAGAUUCAACAGGUUCACUUUCACCUCCGCCAUUUCAAAUCUGGGAUUUUUUUAAAGUCUAAAAAUCCUAAUUCAACAUGAAGAUUUUCAAAGACACAAAUGAUAUGAUAGGGAUUAAUGAAGUGGUCAGUCUUAACAUUUAGAAAUAUCUGCAAAGAUAUUCUAGUUUUUUUCAGUAGACUUAAAAAGGCAACAGGACACCAUGUAGCUAUCUCUCAUGAAACCUUUUGCUUGGAUUAGUGCGAUUUGGCUCCCUUGGCUGUCAUUUGUGCCUUAGAAAAUCUGCCCCCUUUCAGUGUUUAAAUUUAAAUGUAUCUUUAUCAGUUGGCAGAUAACAAAGAGCUAAGAGUGAAAUCUUUGUUAGCAACAAAUGUUUGUUAGCAUUUUUAUAAAUGUUUGUUGUGCUCAUGGUCCCAAUUGCCAGUGGAUAUUAAAUGGAAGUUUGUUCCAUGGAGAUAUUUUGGACAUGUUUAUACAAGAGACCCAGAAUCCUGGGCAAAUGAAAAGAUUUUCCUAAACGUGCCAGCGAUGAAAAGAUUUUCCUAAAAUGUGCCAGCAAUGGAGAUCAGAAACUUUAGGGCUGUGUGGACUGAGUGAGUGAGUUCUUUGUUGAGUUCUGACAAUCCUUUUGAUCUUUGACACCAAAUGAAAAGAAGCUUCCUGUGAUUUGAUUUAAAGAAAUUCUGCACAUUUUUCAAAAGUAUUGCAACAGAGACUUAUGGGAAAUAAUGAAUAUUUCUCCUGUUUACAGAUAUCUAAAAAUGCCAAUGUAAAAAGCCUUCAGUAGAAACACUGUGCUUCAAGUUUAGUGAUUUAGCUAUCUUUAUUGUUGCUAACUGAAUGCAGUGUGUCAACUGGGUACCUUCCUUGCAUAUCCGCUCCCAAGAAGAUACUGUUCUUCUUUCUUUCAUAAUAUGCCAGUUGCAUUCAGUCUUCUGUGAGCUAUGAAAGUGAGCUCUGUAGAUGAUGGAACGUAUUUUCAGAAUUGGCAAAGUCCCUUAAUUGACUUUUUCAAGGCAAAACAGCCUACCACCUGCUGUGAAAGAUUGCCUUAAACAUCAACAACCAUGUUUGAAAGAGCAGUUCUCUGAAGCUGCAUUCUGAGUUUAAGCUAAAGUAGUCAUUCAUUUUACAACAAAAUUUGAUAUAAUUACAUGGAUAUUCCUGAAAAAGUCAUGUAGUUUAGAAGUUGAUUUUUCAUGGAAGCGCCAAGCUAGCUUUUCCAAGAACUGUUCAAGCUUUUACACAUAAAUGGCUUUCCUUCCCUAUGAGCUUGGCUAAAGCAACAUGGUUAUAAUAGUUCAUACCAUUUUAACUCAAAGAAAAGCACCCUGUUUCUUUCAGCUGAAGACCUUUUAGUAACUGAAGUCCUGUUUUUUCUUCACUCUGGGUACAUUUUUUUCUCUCUUCCUGUGUUUUUCGUGUUUAGAUUUUGAUUCUGAGACUGUUGAAGUAAAUGGGAAAGCUCCACAGGUCUUUGCUGACAGGGUAAAGAUUGGUGGCAAAGUAUUAAAAUAAGACCGAGUGGCCACAUUUGGAGAAUGUGGAGAAGAGAUGGCUCCACAAAAUACCACUAAGUCUAGAAAGCUUUUUUGUUAGCGAAGAAUUAUAAUUAUUCUUUUCUAGGAAAUUGGACAUUUAUCCGUAAUUACUUAUACAGUGCUUCAAGAAAGUAAGUGCUAUAAGAGAAAAUGAAAGACAGGCCCUUUCUGUACAAAAGUUUAGGAAGGGGAUUGUGACACAAAAUCUGCUUGCUAAUGCAAUUUCUGGCCUGCAGGUGGAGUAGAUACUCUUCGUAUAGACAAGUUUUCAAGUGACCGUUGUCCUCCCUUGAGUAACUUUUUUCCAGAGUGUAUAUUACAAAUUAUUGGUAGAAUAUUUUUCCUACUUGCCCAUUUAGAACCUAUUUAUGUGAUCAUCAAGCAUGUGGUAGCUGUAUGAAAAACUUGUGUAGGUAGGGACCUUGACCAUGAUGUGGAGCCAAUGUCGUCAUGUGCAGAAUUCUCUUUUAGUAUUCAAUGACAAAUGCUGUCAUUUGAGCAACUGCCAACACAUGUGAAAAGCUGAAUCCUGUCUGUGAUAUGAGGUGCUCACAACUGGCUUCCCAUAGGCAGGGAGGCAACAUGUGUAGCUUUUCAUGGAACCAGAGAGACCUGGGAAUUGGCCCUGUGUUUCCCUUUUCAGUUUCAUUGUCCUAACUGGAUUUUGUCCCUUUUGCUCUCUUCCUUGGUAUGUCUGACUCUUGAUUUGUAAAUCAUUCAGCCACUUUGUCCUUUUACAAUCCUGAAAUGAAUAUGUUGAUGCAGUUCUGA